AUGUCUGAAAACCAACCUCUGUUGGGUGCACCUACCCGAGGCCCUCUCAAGACUCACGUCAUUGGUCCCAGCGCAUCUUCAAAUGCAUCUAGCUCUGCGACAGCUCGCAAAAGACCACCUGUGGACCAGAGCACUCCGCCUCAGCUUAACCACAGAAUUGGACCUCAAAGAACAUCGAGAACGACACAAAAGCUCAAAUUGCUACCCGAAGAGCCCGACCGUGACGACGACGACGAAAGUGGUCGUGAGGUGUACUCCCAAGUCACACGAAUCAAAGAUCCCCCCGCACGUAAGGACGCCGAGCGGCUAGGCAAGGCACACCGAGAUCUACUUCCGAGAGUCACUGCAUACUGCACAGCGUCUUCGUAUAGAAUGCGUGACAUAACAAAGUACCUUCAAUCACGGAAACACAGACGGGCUCAUCCUAAGCUGUUUGAUGAGUGCCUUUACACGCCCUACUCGUAUCGGGACCAAGAGAUUUCUGCGCAGGAGGAUUUCAUUCGAAUCGAUGACGAGGGAGGCGAUAUUGAUGUCGUUAUCACUCGAACUGAUGUUUUUCUGUUUGAAUAUGGUGUGGUGGUUCUGUGGGGUUUCACAGAAGCUGAGGAAAAGCGGUUCCUCAAGGAGCUGGCUCGUUUCGAAACAGAGAAACUUGCUGACGAGGAUGUCCAGGUCGAGGAGUUCAAUUACUACAUCACACAGUCGUAUCAGCCUCGAAUUUACAACGAUUUCAUUACUCUCAGGGACGGACGAAAUUACAUGAUGAAACUCUCGAUAUCACACGCAAUUGCGCAGUCAGCCAAGAUCUCGCUGUUUGAAGAACUAGUCGAAAACACCAUUGAAGACACCCAGGAUUUCCCCCAGGAGAUUGCUGUGACAGGUAAGAUUGAUAUGGACCGAAGCGAUAUUAUCAAAUCUAUAGGUGAGCUAUUCAUUCUGAGAAUCAACAUCAACUUACAUGGCUCCAUUCUUGAUUCACCCGAACUGAUGUGGGCUGAGCCGCACUUGGAGCCGAUCUACCAAGCCACCCGCGGAUACUUGGAGAUCAACCAACGGGUCAGCCUACUUAACAAUCGUCUCGAAGUAAUUUCAGACUUGCUCUCUAUGUUGAAGGAGCAACUGGGCCAUUCGCACGGCGAGUACCUCGAGUUUAUUGUUAUCGUGCUGAUUGCAGUCGAGGUUGUGGUGGCUAUCCUCAACGUAAUCGUUGAUUUGACGGCAGAAAAUUUGUAA